AACACAAUCAAAAGGUGAGCCAUUCUUCUUCAAUUCCUUUAACUACUCAUAGAAAAUUAAAAAAAAAAAAGAAAAGAAAAGCAAAAGAAAAUGAAGAUGGCUCCCAUGGGGUUGUUUGGAUAUCCUGCCAUGGCACUUUGUGUCAUAGUGGUCUUAGCAUUUGUUCCUUCUCAAGCCCACGGUUCUUUAGGUGUUAAAAACCUUAAUGACGGUUUUUGUGCCACUUUUAUUACUCCCCAUGGGUACAAAUGUGAGGAACAUGAAGUUACAACCAAAGAUGGAUACAUUCUUAGCUUGCAAAGGAUCCCACAAGGUAGAACAAACGUUGGCAAUGGCGGGGCCAAGAGGGCGCCAGUGAUAGUACAGCACGGAGUCAUGGUGGGAGGAAUGUCAUGGGUGCUGAGCCCCCCAAGUGAAAGCCUGCCCAUGAUUCUUGCAAAUAGCGGCUUCGAUGUGUGGAUCUCUAACGCCAGAGGAACCGUUUAUAGUCAAAAACACAUCUCCCUCAACUCCGCUGACCCUGCAUAUUGGGAUUGGACUUGGGACGAAAUGGUUGCUAAUGAUGUACCUGCGCUUUUUGAUUAUGUUUACACCAAAACACAUCAGAAGAUUCAUUAUGUUGGCCACUCUUUGGGAACUUUGGUAGCUCUAGUAUCAUUCUCUGAGAGGGAUCCUGUGGUCAUGGAGCGGAUCAAAUCAGCAGCAUUGUUAAGUCCCAUUGCCUAUUUGAAUCACAUGACCACUCAACUUGUAAAUGUUGCUGCUAGGACUUUUAUUGGCGAGAUGACUGCCGUGUCUGGUCGUCCAGAAUUUGAUCCCAACGGAAUAACUGUUCUUAACAAUGUCAAGUCUCUCUGCAUUACCCAUCAGAUCAACUGCGAUGAUAUGUUGACUGCAAUUGCUGGUGAAAAUUGCUGCAUGAAUUCUUCAGUUGUUGAGCGAUUCUUGGACCAUAUUCAGCCAACAGCCACAAAGAAUUUAAUACACUUGUCUCAGAGUGUUAGAUUUGGCACUAUUUCAAAAUUCAACUAUGAAUUGCCAGAGCUUAAUCUUAAGAAUUAUGGAAGUUUGUUCCCUCCACGCUAUGACCUUACCAAUAUACCCGUUGACCUCCCAAUCUUCAUGAGCUACGGCGGCACCGACGCGCUCUCCGACGUCGUCGACGUGCAGAAAUUACUGGACACCAUGAGUAACCAUGAUGCAGACAAGUUGAGUGUUCAAUACAUCAAUAACUAUGCUCAUGCUGAUUUUGUUAUGGGCUACAAUGCCAAGGAGAUAGUCUAUGAUCAUGUUAUUGCAUUCUUCAAUAAGUAUCAAUAGUAUGAUAAUUUUGUAACAAUUUAUAUUUUGUUUGUUGAGCAA